UUUCCUCACCAAAAAGAAAUGCCCACAAUGGCAAACUUCAUUUCCACCACCACCACGAAUGACACCAACCAUCACCACCACCACGACCAGCCGUCGUGGGCCGACGAGUUCCUCAACUUCUCAUCGACACGUCGCGUAGCCCACCGCCGUUCCAUCAGCGUCGACUCCGUAGCCUUCCUCGACCGACCAUUGGAGGAAGAAACUAGGGGUGUCAUCGUAAACGCCAUGACGACGGAACCAAACAUGUUCGACCACCUCGACGACGAGCAGCUCAAGGCAAUGUUCACCGACGACAUCACGUUCACCGUGCCGCCGAUGACGACGGUUUCGUCAUCGAGCCCUUCCACGCCGCCGACGUCCGAUCAAAAUAGCAACAACGACGAGAAGCUGACACCGGGAGAGGUGGAAAGCUCAUGCAAAGUACACGAAACACAAGCUUCGGAACCUCCAUCGACCUCCAAUGGCGGUGAUCACAUCAUCGAUCCAAAGAGGGUGAAGAGAAUUCUGGCAAAUCGGCUAUCAGCGCAAAGAUCAAGAGUGAAAAAGCUGCAAUAUAUUUCAGAGCUUGAAAGGAGCGUAACAGCAUUACAGAGUGAAGUAUCGGCAUUAUCACCAAGGGUUGCAUUUCUGGAUCGGCAAAGAUUGAUGCUUACGGUUGAAAAUAGUGCUUUAAAGCAAAGGAUUGCUGCUUUGGCUCAAGACAAGAUUUUCAAAGAUGCUCAUCAAGAAGCAUUGAAGAGGGAAAUUGAGAGACUAACACAAGUAUAUCAGCGUCAACAAAGCCUCAAGAAAAUGAACGUAAACCCCACUCCGCCGCUGCCGCAGAAUGGAGGACCACAACUCGAGGGAAUGGAUCUCUUCAUGUGUGAGCAAGAUAUCGUUGAGAAUCUGCCGGCCUUUUAUCAAGGCCGGCUUUACGGAGCAGUAACCAUGAAUAAUGUCCUCUGCCUGUCGGUUUUCUUGGCACUUGUUUACGUCCGGGGAUUGACUUGGGACUUCUCAUCCCAAGUGCUGGUUAUUCUCAUUGUUUGCAUAGUCAUGGGUGCCUUUGCUAGUUUCCGAACUACUUUCCCGCUCUGGACAUGUUCGGUCGCAUACAUUCUUUAUCCGUUUUCGUUGGUGUUCGUUUACAUCCUCGAUUAUUUCUUCGGCUGGUCAUAA